AUAAUUUGUUUUUCAAUAAUUUAGCAUAUUAGAAAGUGGAGAUAAGGACUUGAGUCCAAGCAAAAGAACUGGCUUGCUUGUAGCGUCGGCAGAUGAAAAGUAUGAAUACCGUUAAUUUUUUAUUCGAAUAUCACAAACACACAGUAAGCAAAAAAAGAAAAAGAAAAGGAAGAGGAAGCGCCAUGUUAUGAGAUAGCGGUUAAAACAGUUGACCAAACCAUCUCUCCGCCACCAGCCACCGCUCGCCGCCCACCCACCCCACCCACACACCUGAGCUUGGCCUCCAAAUUCAAGCCUACUCGAACAAAUUUAAACCCACCAAAAAUCUUUUUCUUGGCAUCAGUGCCUAUAUCUCCGAUCCGAAUAUGGACAAUGCCGCCAACAACAUACAGGUUCGAGUGCACUCACGGCGGGGCGCCAACAUGAUCCACCCCGUUUCGCUAGAGUCUCCGUCGCCCGCCGCCGCCGCCGCCGUCGUCUACAGAGAAGUGAAGCAUUUCAAGAAAUGGUUCCCGUGGCUGAUACCUUUCUUCAUAGUAGCAAACACGGUGAUGUUUAUUAUCACAAUGUCUGUGAAUAAUUGCCCCAAGAAUUCCGUCUCUUGCGUUGCUGGGUUUUUGGGGAGGCUUUCGUUUCAGCCCUUUAAGGAAAAUCCUCUUCUUGGCCCUUCCUCUUCGGCGUUGGAGAAGAUGGGUGCUUUAGAUGUGGCUAAAGUCGUUCACCAACAUCAAGGAUGGAGGCUUAUCACCUGUAUGUGGUUACAUGGCGGGGUUUUUCACUUGCUCGCCAACAUGUUGAGUCUGUUAGUUAUUGGCAUCCGACUUGAGCGAGAAUUUGGAUUCGCGAAAAUAGGUUUGCUUUAUCUCAUUUCUGGAUUUGGUGGGAGUCUGUUAUCUGCUCUUUUCAUUCAAUCAAAUAUAUCCGUGGGUGCUUCUGGUGCACUCUUUGGAUUGUUGGGAGGAAUGCUGUCGGAGCUUAUUACUAAUUGGAGUAUAUACGCUAACAAGAUAGCAGCCUUGUCGACGCUUAUUGUGAUUAUUGUAAUCAACCUAGCAGUAGGAAUCCUCCCACACGUCGACAACUUUGCUCAUCUUGGAGGAUUUAUGUCCGGUUUCCUCCUAGGUUUCGUGUUUUUGAUUCGACCACAGUAUGGGUGGGUGAGCCAGAGAUAUGCUCCGGCUGGGUCAGUGACUUCAAGUACCCCGAGAUUCAAGCCGUACCAGUGCAUACUUUGGGUGCUUUCUUUGAUCUUUCUUAUUGUCGGGUUCACAGUGGGGUUGGUUUUGCUCCUCCGUGGAGAGGAUCUAAACGAUCACUGCUCUUGGUGCCAUUAUCUCAGCUGCGUUCCUACCUCCAGAUGGAGCUGCAACACGCAGCCUAUCUCGUGUCAGGCUGUGCAAACAGGGAACCAGUACACAUUAACAUGCUCAAACAGCAGCAAAAGCAGGACAUAUUCACUUGUUAAUCCCACAACCACACAGAUUCAAGGAUUGUGCACCCAACUCUGUCGAUAAAUUAGUUUAUGUGAAUGUAGUGCUACCUUUACUUUUAUACUUAUUCAAUGUUGUGAGCUUUAUAGUAGUUUCAUUCAUUCCUUCAACUCUUUUUGUGUCCUGUUAAAUAUAUAAUAUCAUUGUAUAUCAUUAAUCA